GUAUUUUAUUGAACAAAUAUAGGAACAUAACUUCAUACAUUUUAAUUCUGUAUUACUGUGUAACGAUAUCGUUACGUUAUUAACAUAUAGGUUUAUAGCUUAUAGUUUUAACUUUUUUUGCGAGUGUCUUUAAAAAUCUACUAAUUUAUCAUGUCUGGAUCAAUUAGUGCGUUAACGGUGGCUGGUUCUAGAACAUCUGGAACACCCAUCCGUACGCAAAAUGUGAUGGCUGCAAAUGCUAUUGCAAAUAUUGUUAAAAGUUCAUUGGGACCUGUUGGCUUGGAUAAAAUGUUGGUCGAUGAUAUAGGAGAUGUUACUGUGACCAAUGAUGGAGCUACUAUUCUUAAGUUAUUAGAUGUUGAACAUCCAGCAGCUCGAGUUCUUGUUGAAUUGGCCCAGUUGCAAGAUGAAGAAGUUGGAGAUGGUACAACAUCAGUUGUUAUAAUAGCUGCAGAAUUACUGAAAAAUGCAGAUGAAUUAGUAAAACAAAAAAUACAUCCAACAUCUAUCAUAAGUGGAUAUCGUUUGGCAUGCAAAGAGUCUUGUAAAUACAUACAGAACAAUUUAACUGUUGGUGUUGAUGAUUUACGACGUGAUUGGUUGGAAAAUGCUGCCACCACAUCUAUGUCUAGCAAGUUAAUUAUGGCUGAUUCUGAAUUCUUUUCAAGAAUGGUUGUAGAUGCUUGCAUGCUUGUUAAACGACCAUCUGAUAAGCGUGGUGGUGUAUCUGUUCCCAUUAAAACAAUUAAUGUACUUAAAGCUCACGGUAAAAGUGCUCGAGAAAGUUUACUUAUUCAGGGAUAUGCUCUGAAUUGUACUGUUGCCUCGGAAGCAAUGCCAAAAAAGAUAACAAAUGCAAAAAUUGCUUGUUUGGAUUUCUCUUUACAAAAGACUAAAAUGAAAUUAGGAGUACAGGUUCUGGUAAAUGAUGUUGACCAAUUAGAAGCAAUUCGACAACGGGAAUCUGAUAUAACUAAAGAAAGAGUACAAAAAAUUUUAGCCACUGGAGCUAAUGUUAUAUUAUGCACUGGUGGUAUUGAUGACAUAUGUUUAAAAUAUUUUAUUGAAGCUAAAGCUUUAGCUGUACGCCGUGUAAAAAAAGUUGAUUUAAAAAGAAUUGCCAAAGCUACAGGUGCAGUCUUUUUGACAUCUUUAACUAAUAUGGAAGGAGAGGAAACAUUUGAAAGUUCUAGUCUUGGUGAAGCAGCUGAAGUUGUACAAGAUCAAAUAUCUGAUGAUGAAUUAAUAAUUGUUAAAGGCCCAAAAGCUCAAAGUGCAGCAUCAAUUAUACUACGUGGACCAAAUGAUUUCUAUUGUGAUGAAAUGGAACGUUCUAUUCAUGAUGCCUUGUGUGCUGUCCAACGUGUACUUGAAUCAAAAUCAGCUGUUGCUGGUGGUGGAGCUGUUGAAGCUGCAUUAUCUAUAUAUUUAGAAAAUUUUGCUACAUCUUUAAGUUCCCGAGAGCAAUUGGCUAUUGCUGAAUUUGCACGUUCUUUGUUAGUUAUACCAAAAACUUUAGCAAUAAAUGCUGCACAAGAUGCUACAGAAUUGGUAGCUAAAUUGAGAUCUUACCAUAAUGAAAGUCAAACUAGUAGUGAAAAUGAUGUUUACAAAUGGUAUGGAUUAGAUUUGGAAAAUGGUGAAAUACGGGAUAACUUAAAAGCUGGUGUCCUAGAACCAGCAGUAUCUAAGAUCAAGUCUUUAAAAUUUGCAACCGAAGCGGCAAUAACUAUUCUCAGAAUAGAUGAUAUGAUUAAGUUAGAUCCCGAACAAAAAGCUGGGCAUGGUUAUCAGCAAGCAUAUGAUGCAGGAGAGCUAUAAUGAAACAGGUUCAUUUAUAAAAAAUUAACAUUAGGUUACUAAUAUUUUUUAAUACUUUUCUUAUAUUUGUGCAAGAAUUGCAUUAU